CCCGUCUUCUCUGGAGGAGGAAUAAGAAGCUGCUCUGUCUACACUCCUGCCACUUGGACACGGAAGCCAGAGAGGACAGCAGCAGCAAAAGGUGACCAGGAGCCUCCGGAAUGUCCGAGCUGGAGAAGACCAUGGUUGUCCUCAUUAGCGUCUUCCAUCAGUAUUCAGGAAGAGAGGGUGACAAGCACAAGCUGAAGAAGUCAGAGCUCAAGGAGCUUAUCAACAAUGAGCUCUCCCACUUCCUGGAGGAAAUCAAAGAGCAGGAAGUUGUGGACAAAGUCAUGGAAACACUGGAUGAAGAUGGAGAUGGAGAAUGCGACUUCCAGGAAUUCAUGGCCUUUGUCUCCAUGAUCACUACAGCCUGCCAUGAGUUCUUUGAACAUGAGUGAGGGGGGGGUGUGUGGAAAAGAGAGCUAAGCUGUUCCUGCAGCAGACAGAAAGGUCAAAGAGGAAGCAGAGCAAAGGCUUUCGGGCUCCAAAGAGCUGAGCUCUCUAGACACACAGAACUAAUUAGGAAGCUUGAUUUGCUUUGGGCAUGAAAAACUGAAGCCUGCUUUAAACUAGCACAUCCUUAUUUCUGCCAUGUCAGGUAUUCCUGUGAGCUGGCUGUUGGCUAGAAUCCCUUAGGGGACAAAAAUCAAUGCUCUGCAGUAAAGCACGAGUGGCUUGUGUCGCGGCACAAGUAUCUCAUGGAAGUUUCAGAGCAGACCCCUAACAGCAGUCCCAAUGCUUUCCAGCACCCCUGCAUGUCCACAGCUGAGUCCCCGUCUCCUGAAGAUGCUGCUCUUCCCUCCAUCUGCUCACCGGUGAUACAAACUGCAAAUGAUGCCCACGAAAGCAGUCUGAGCACGUGCACCCUCCCCCAGCCCAAAUGAGCAAUGCCACACUUCAGCCCCUUCUUCUACAGUGAGCAGAGAUUAUCAAGUAAAUAUUCAAUGCCAACAGUUCUAACUGGAAAAAAAAAUAGGUCUCACAAAUUAAGUAUUAACAUUCUGACCCAAGAUUGAGAAUCAAAAUUCUGUUCAGUAGACUUCUGCUUUUAGGAUGCCACUGCUGUCCCCGCAGGACAAGUACCUAGGAGGAGAAUGGCAGAGCUUAAGGUCUUUUUCUUGCUAGUUGUAUCUCCCUGGCUCCCUCUGCUCUGUAUAAAGGCUGACGUUUGUGGGCUGUGUUGCUGGGGAAUGAAAGGUCCCUGAGGUGUGUCCUUUAGUGUUGGAUGUCACGUCUCACCUUGCCGGUGCCUAGGGCCUGCUUACCACUCGGUGAGGCUGAGAGUCAAGGACUGUGAGGAAGCUGAGCUUGAUGCUUUUUAGCCUGCAUGUUCAAAUGCUGAAGGUUCAAAUAAUUCAAGUUGCAAAUAAAUGAGAAACACAUCUCAAAUAUUAACAAGCCA